AACAUAUUUUCCUAUGUUAAUUAUUAUAUAUUAUAUUGUUUUAGGAAUUUGGACUGGUUGAUGAGGAGAGUAUCAAUGAGUUCGCACCAUUUACUGAAUUGGAGAAGAUCAUAUGCAAUUAUAUUUUCAAUAAGGAUCUAGAUGGGAGUGAAGUUCUUUCUAGCAUGAAAUAUGAGUAUGGUGAUCGUGCGGCUUUUUUUUCAUUGCUCCCUAACCAAUGGAUAAGCAGUCAGAUUAUUAACUUGACCAUUUGCAUGAUGACUUUGGAAGAGAAAAAGUAUGGAGCACUAUAUGCGUGGCAUUUGCCAACACAUUUCUCGCAAAAAAUGAUUGAAGAAGAUGGAAAUCCCACACUGGAAUGGUUUAAAAGGACAUAUAGGGACGAUGACAAGUAUAUGUCAAGAUUGAUGUGUUGUGAACAGAUUUAUAUCCCUAUGAAUGACAAUAAUAGUCACUGGUACUUAUGUGUCAUUGACUUUAGUUCAAGAAAAAAAUGUAUACAUAUAUUGGACUCUUUGCCAAGCACAACUAGGCAAGACAUUCGAAUAAAAAAUGUGCAAACAGUGGUAAAAGGCCUCGAUAAGUUAUUGAGUUAUCUAAAGAAAGACAACUAUACUAAUAGUAUUACCAAAUUUCCAUUGAAAUCACCCCCGUUGAAUCCUAUACAAGAUAAUGGGUAUGAUUGCGGCAUGUAUGUUAUUAAGCACAUACAUACAAAAAUUAUCAAACAGAAUCUAACCUUGAUGGAGAGUUGGUCGAAACGUAUUCGAUACAAGUUGGCAUCAAAUCUAGUGCUUUCAAUGGAAAAUGAACAACGUUAAAAAAAAAUAGAAAAUGCUAGAAAAACUACACUACAAGAUAUUUUUCGGUCAUUGGAAUGACUUUGAUUUGUAUAAUUUGAUAACUGAAUUUUUUGGAAAAUGCUGCAA